AUGGCGCGCGUUCCUUUCAUUGGCAGAUUGUUCUGGUUUGAGUACCUAGCGUUGUUUGGGUCGUUGGUACUGGUACUACUUGAGACAGUCAUACACUUGAUAACUUGGUGUCUUCCAAGCCCUAUCAUUAGGUUCUGCUAUGGACAAUCCAAAGCGCUCUUCAACCUGCUGCUCCCCACGGAGUCUCGCCCGAAGCGCACAGAAGAGGAGAUAUUCGCCAGCUCUGUCGCAGAUGCCUCGGACUUUACCGAGAUAUGCGCCCUCUUCGGCUACCAAGCCGAGGAGCACAUCGUGCAAACAAAGGACGGCUAUCUUCUAGGACUACACCGACUUGCAUAUAGAAAGGGAGAAGAACAUACCCGCGUCAACCAAGGGCCAAGCGGAAUACAGAAGAAAGUCGUCUACCUUCACCAUGGUCUUCUCAUGUCAAGCGAAGUUUGGGUGUCGUUGACCGAUGAGCAGAGAUGUCUUCCCUUCCGGUUGGUGGAAAAGGGGUACGACGUCUGGUUAGGAAAUAACCGCGGGAAUAAAUACUCUAAGAAAUCCAUCCGGUUCUCACCAGGCUCAAACGAAUUCUGGGACUUCUCCAUCGACCAGUUCGCCUUCUCCGACAUCCCCGAUAGCAUCGAGUACAUUCUCGAAGUCACGGAGCAGCCAUCCCUAUCAUACAUUGGAUUUUCUCAAGGCACUGCCCAAGCAUUUGCUACACUGGCCAUUCACCCACUGCUGAACAACAAGGUGGAUGUCUUCGUGGCACUGGCACCCGCCAUGGCACCUUCUGGCCUGCGCAAUCGCAUCGUCGACUCACUGAUGAAAGCAUCUCCCGACUUCCUGUUCCUGCUCUUCGGUCGCCGCAGCAUCCUGUCAUCAACAACAAUGUGGCAAACAAUCCUAUACCCACCCAUCUUCGUGCGCAUCAUCGACGUGGCUCUCAGGGCCCUCUUCAACUGGAAAUGCCGCAACAUCAAGCGCACCCAGAAGCUAGCCGCUUACUUACAUCUCUAUUCCUUCACCAGCACCAAGUCAGUAGUCCACUGGUUCCAAAUCAUCCGCCACAAGAACUUCCAGUUCUACGACGACGAAGUCUACGCUCCAUUCAGCAUUGCCGCCAGUGAGCGUUUCUACAAGCCAGUCAAGUACCCGACCCGCAACAUCAAGACUCCCAUCGUGCUGCUAUACGGCGACAGCGACAGUCUAGUCGAUAUCGGAGUCAUGCUCAAGGGCUUGCCCCGAAGUACCGUUGCCCAAGCGAUCCCAACAUACGAGCAUUUAGACUUCCUCUGGGCCUCGGAUGUCGACCGCCAAGUCUUUGGUUAUGUAUUCGAUGCGCUAGAGACCUAUAGCCGUGGUAGCCCUACCGUGAUCAGCACGUCGGGCCCCGGCAAAUACGUCAAAGGCUUCUUGACCGAUGGGCGCGCUUCGAAUACAUCGGUUUCCCGCAAGAACCCCAUCACAAAUGGUGUGCAUGGAGCUGCGGUCUGA